AUGGGUCCAGUGGGUCCGGUGGGUCCGGUAGGUCCGGUGGGCGCGUUCAAUUACCCGCUCGGCCAGCCGCUGCUCCGGAAGUACCAGGCGAAGCCAGCGCCGCCAGGAACGCAGUACACUUACAUCAGCGGGCAGCCGUCGAAGGGGCAGGUGACGAUCGGGAUCCCGUGCUCGCUGUGCGGGGGCGUGCUGGGGAGGAAGGGGAACAACCUGCGCUUCAUCAACCAGAGCACGCUGUGCACGAUCUCGCUGCAGAGACGCGAAGAUGUGCCCGAGGGCAAGUUCUAUCGCGAGGCGGUCAUUACGGGGUCGCCGAAGGGCAUCGAGCGAGCUGUGAGACUGAUUCAUCUCUUUAUAAAUCUACCGGCUUCCGAUAUUCAGGCACUGACCCAGGUGCCGUUUUCACAGAAUACCGACCUGCAAUGUUUCCUUUACUAUUACCCUAGCUCGAUGGACAUUCCUCAGAAGGACACGCCUCCGAGGGAAGCACAACCAUAACGCCUGUUUUUGAAAGACGAUGACUUAGUAAGUCAUCGGCAAAGUUUGUA